ACAGAGAAGAUUUGCACAGGCACAAUUCAGCAUCUACCAUGAAGCCCUCUGCAGACGAGCUUGAGAUAAUCGCCUGUGCUGUUCUCAUCCUCGUGAGCUUCGUAGGAAACAUAUCUUUAUUUUAUUCCACAAGUAAGUGCAUUGCCGGGGGCCUGCAGACAUCUUUCCUCCUCAUUAUCAGCCUGGUGUUUGUCCACCUUAUUAAAAACCUGGUGGUCAACACCCUCAAGAUUGUUUACUCUUCCGGAAUCUUGCUGGACUCCGUUGGCUGCAAAGCUCUGCACUUCACUGCAGCCCUGACGACUUCCCUGACCAUCUGGUUCAUGUUACACUUUGCGUUGUUCUACCACCGGAAGCUUUACCGAAUAGUGUACCCCUUGAGCGGAGCUGCAAGUCUGAAUCAACAGAAGUACUGCUGGAAGGGGAUUUCUGCCCUCUGGGUAGCUGGUGUGGCAGUGUAUAUCCCAGUGUUGAUCUAUACUAGGAAACCAGAGCUCGUCAAUUCUGGAAAUGACACAAGCUCCCUGUCUACUAAAAGAAUCUACAUGGAUUGCUUAACUGGCUUUGCAAACGAGCAGGUAGAGUUUUACUAUGGGAAAAUAUUUUUAGUUUUGAUUGAUAUCCUUCCUCUAGCCAUCUUAGUGUUUGUCUGUUUCUGGAUGGCUCUCCUCCUCUUAGAGAAGAAGAAGAUGACAUAUGGCGACAUCUGGAUCGGAGAUGAUGACUCAGAAACCGAGGUCCUCCGAGGGGCCAAGUUCAGUAUCUUGUUAAUGUUGCUCAUCACACCCCUUUGGGUUUCUCACUUUAUCUUAGUCUAUUUCUUGAAGGACUUGGCGGCCUGUGUCUUUAUUCCAGCUGUUCUCACAGCCCUCUCCUCUGGCUUCUCUGCUCUCAGUCCUUUCUUGCUUAUGUUGGUUAAUUACAAAAUGAAGCUGGUGUCCUUCUGUGGAGUCCAACGGGAAAAAUCCACACCACAGCCUCCAGACGUCAUUCUGUCUCCAUAUGCUUAAUGCCUGAGUGAUAGGCUCAAGUGAAGCUUGGGAAAAUUGACUCUGUCACUGGAGGGCAUAGCUGCAGCUUUCAAAGUCCUCAACAAAUUUCUAAAAUGAUGGCUAGAAAGCUGACUCCUCUAGGAACUGAUUUCUUAGAGAGACUUUACAAGUAGAUUUAAAAAAAUACUAUGUUGUUAUAAACUGAAGAAAAAUAGCAAUUAUGUCAUUUGCUAUUUAGGACAGUGGUUCUCAAACUUCUUAAUGCUGCAACCCUUUAAUAUAGUCCCUCAUGUUGUGGUGACCCCCCCCCAACCAUAUUAUUUCAUUGUCUCUUUAUAAUUGUAAUUGCAUUACUGUUAUGAAUUAUAAUGUAGAUAUAUGAUAUGUAGGUUAUCUGAUGGAUGAUACUUGUCAGGUGUUGCAACCCACAGGUUGAGACUACUGGUUUAGAAUAACACUCUGUGUGUGUGUGUGUGUGUGUGUGUGUGUGUGUGUGUGUGUGUAUGCGCACCCGCAUGUGUGUUUUAAAUGUAGAAUUUCAAAAGAAGGUUAGUGAUCCUCAGCCUAUAAAUGAGCUCAGCAUGGCUACCAUGUUAAGUAUUUACUGUGUGCAAUAUGUUGUAUUUUUAAAAAGCAAUGUUGUUGAAACGGAGGUCAACAACUCCUAGGUGAACUCCUCUGGGUGCUCCUGAGGAAGUUGUAUUUUUACACUGUGUUUUUCCUGAAAGGUCUCCAGACACACUGGAAGUGCAUUAGAUUGGUGUUCAGUGUCCAGUGUUUACAGGUUUAAUGAUAUUAUCUCAUGAAAGCUGGGAGCAGAUGGGAUUCAUUGUCCCUAACCUAAGUCUUUAGUAGAAUACAGCUAGAUAAAAAGUAUUGAAUUAAAGUGUUGGUAUCUGCUUAGUCAUAAGCUCAAGUGUAUAUGAUGUACAGAGAUUUGAUUGCCCUUGGCACAUAACCUGCUCUCCUUGGUUGAUCACAUAAAAUAAAACUGCAUUUUGGUUUUUCUUCAGAAAAGAAAGGGCACUGGGUUUUUAGAUAAUGUAUUGCUUCUUUUGGUCACUAAAUGGGUAUAUUCGCAAAAGACAAGGAAAAUAUAAAAUCCUCAUAAUUAUUUGCUUUCUAGAUUUGGAUUCCAUUUUAAAAGCACAUUGUAAUUCUAAUUAAAAUUAGAUAAGCAGGUCUUUGUUUACAUUUUAUUUUUUAUUUAUUGUAGUUAGUCAUUGUAACUGCUUAAACUUUUAAGAGUCAAGUAAACAAUUAUUUGAAAUUUCUAUGCAUAAAUUUGUAUACAAAUCAGUACGUUUAAAUCGAAUUCUUAAUAAUUCUUUUUUCAAAACUUUCUUACAGUAGCCAUAUACCUAGGGAUUUUUCUGCAGUUCUAGUGAAUAGAUCCCUUGAAAUUGAGGUUCUUGCUCUAAAAAGGCUGUCACAAUUAUAAAUCUGGAUAUCAUUUACAGAAGAGUCUCAGAAUAUCACAGUUGCUAGGCAGUGCUGUAGAGAAAGUAAAUCUUAAAGAAACCAAAAGCCACAAUUCUGUAAGGACUGUGCACCAUUGUGUGUCCAUUGUUUGACACAGGGAAUGUUUUGAAAGUAAAACUUCCGGGUGGUCUUCAUGGGAAAUGCUUAGUUGAGUCCACCGAGGCAGUUUAAUCAGAGGGCACCAGGCACAUAUCCUGGAUAAUGAAGUUAACAUCUGGAGAGAUGGAGGAUGUGGGGAAGAGGUCGCCAUCUUUUAAUUAAACACAGAUGUAGCCAAAACUAGGAAUAGCCAUUGAUCUUAAGUAGUGGUUCUUAAAUGUGGUUCUGGGACAAGAAGAAACAGUAUGACCCAGGAACUUGUUAGAAAUGCAGAUUCUGGGACUUCACCCCAGACCUGUUAAAUCAGAAAGUUUGGGUUGAAUACGGCAGUGUUUGAAUUAACCUUCUGGGUGACUUUCAUGCGUGAAGCAUCUUGAGAACCACUAGUCUAUGGCUGCUCCAAAGUUUAAUCCUCACAAAUGGUCAGAAUAAAGCCAAGAUAACUG